AUGCGUCGAAAAAGCACCAUUACAGCCCAGCCACUUGCCCAGUUCAAACUUGCAAGCACUUUCCAAGACACAGGUAUAAGAACAGCGUCGAUCAAUAUUGCCAAAGGGAACGGCAAUACUUGUGCCACGGCACAGACACUUUCAACUGCUGUUCUUCAUAUUGCCACCAUUACCACCGCCUUCGCAACAUCAUGCCCUGUCCGCGACUCUGGUAAGCUACCCGACUACCGAACGCAGCGGCUUCUCGAAACCCCCCUCCCCUCCACCAAUGGCCCAGACAUCGCCGCAUCGGCCCUCUUAGCGCUCCCGGAUAAGGUGCUACGCAACAUCUUCGACAUAUGUCACCUAUUCCAGGCCAGGCAUAAGGUCGUGGUGGAGUCGUGGAUCGGCAAGGGCUCGGACUCGAUCAAUGCACGUCUUCGGUUCCAAGUCGGGACACCCGGAGACUUGCGAUGA